GCCUGGCCAGGGACCGAGUCUGGCUCAUGCAAGAGGAGCCGCCUCGGCCGAGACAGCAGAGAGAUCGGGCUGGAAGGUGAGGACCUGCUGCCCUGCUGUCCCAGGCUUCGAGGCGAAGAGCCAGCAAAUCUGAGAGAGUUUCAAUUUGUGAAGACGUCAGGAAUAAAGACAGUUACUUUGGCUCCAGAGUUUCAAGAUUGUGGCCUGCUGGGUCUAUAUCCUCCAGGAGGACCUGUUCACCAAAGGGUCGUCUUCUGCUGCUGACCCCCAUCAAAUCCCAUCAUGCCCACAGCCCUGUGCCCUCGAGUCUUGGCUCCAAAGGAAAGCGAGGAGCCCAGGAAAAUGUGGAGUCCUCCUGGAGAGAACCCCAGCCCUCAGGGUGAGCCUCCCAGCCCAGAGUCCUCUCGACGCCUCUUCCGCCGGUUCCGGUACCAGGAGGCCGCAGGCCCUCGGGAGGCCCUGCAGCGCCUCUGGGAGCUGUGCCGGGGCUGGCUGCGGCUCGAAAGGCACACAAAGGAGCAAAUCCUGGAGCUACUUGUGCUGGAGCAGUUCCUGGCCAUCCUGCCGUGGGAGAUCCAGAGCUGGGUGCGUGCCCAGGAGCCUGAGAGCGGAGAGCAGGCUGUGGCUGCUGUAGAGGCUCUGGAACGGGAGCCAGGGAGACCCUGGCAGUGGCUCAAGCACUGUGAAGACCCGGUGGUGAUUGACGAUGGCGAUGGGCCUGGGCCUCAGGACCCUGAACAAGAAGGAAUGUCGGCAGAGUCCCAGAGCAGCCCUGAUACCCAGCCUGUGGCCCUAGCACAGGGCCCAGGGCUCCUAAGCAGACUGCCAGCCCAGCCUAGUGAGGACCCAGUUCCACAAGAUGCUUUCGUCGUUCAGGAGCAGAGUGUGAGGGAAGCCCAGCCAGUGACCACCUGUCAGCUGCCCCCGAACCGAGUGUCCCCAUUUAAGGACAUGAUCUUAUGCUUCUCAGAAGAGGACUGGUCCCUUCUAGACCCAGCACAGACUGGUUUCUAUGGAGAAUUCAUCAUUGGGGAAGACUACGGGGUCUCCAUUCCUCCAAACGACUCUGCACUUCAGCCAAACCUCUCACCUGAAGAGGAGACCGGGCUACGGGUUAUGGAGCUGACAGACCUCCAGGGAAAAGAAGCACCCCAGGCCUCCUGCUUAGACCUUCCCAGCCUCCAGACAUUCCAAGGAGAAGAAAAAAAGAAACGGGAGGAGCUGCAGGUGCCAGAGCCGCAGUCCUGCCAGCAGGUGGCGCCCAGUCAGAGUCCUUGUCCAGCAGGAGGUGACCCAUCACCCCUCAAGAACAGCCUGGACCAGGAAGUGACCAUCGAGAUUGUGCUGUCCAGCUCUGGGGAUGAGGACUCCCAGCACAGCCCAUAUUGCACAGAGGAGUUGAGGAGCCCUACAGAAAACCCCCCCAGUCUCCCGACCUUCCGGAACAGCACUGGGGCUGGGGCUGAGGCUCGAACCUCACCGAGGAAGUCUUAUGUGUGUCCAAACUGUGGGAAGGUCUUCCGCUGGAGGGUCAACUUCAUCCGGCACCUGCGCAGCCGCAGGGAGCAAAAGCCACACAAAUGCUCAGUGUGUGGGGAGUUAUUCAGCGACAGCGAGGACCUGGAUGAGCACCUGGAGACCCACGAGGCCCAGAAGCCCUACAGGUGCACUGUCUGCGGAAAGAGCUUUCGCCUCAACUCACACCUGCUCUCCCACCGACGGAUCCACUUGCAGCCAGCCCGACAGCAACCCGUGAGGAAGAGUGAGGAGGACGCAUUGGAGACGGAGGGCACCGGUGCCCGUGCCCUGCUGGAGAAAAGCAAGGCCAAGCUGGGCUUCCAGUGCGGGGGCUGUGAGAAGAGGUUCCAGCGACACGACUAUCUGGUGAGACACCGCAGACACUGUCACCUGAAGAGUGAGGCCCGUCCCCUGCAGUGUCGGUACUGUGUCAAAACUUUCCGCCAGAACUAUGACCUCCUCCGCCAUGAGCGCCUGCACAUGAAGCGUCGCUCCAAGCAGGCCCUGAACUCAUACUGAGCAGGGUGUGGUCGCGCAAGCUAGCCCCUGCCCCAGCACAGAGCCCUCACCACCUGCCCUUUGCUCUCAGGUAGUGUCCAACUUCUGGUGCCAUGUCUCUUCCUCCCCAGAUAAAAAGUAGCCCCCUGAACAUUCCUUCUACUGUGCCAAAACCCAGGGAGGCCAGGCCACGCCAGCCUCAAGAUCUGCCUCUUUGAGACCUCCAGCCCUUAGAGACACUGGACUGUCCCUGUCCCAAUGUCUUCUAAGGUUGGCGUGUGUACAGUAGGGAGCCGGCCAAAAGCACUGACCCUGGCCUGUCCUCAGAAGUCAGCCUGAGGUCACUGUGUCCAGGGGAGCAUCCCAGAGACCCACAGAUGGCCAGGCCACUGACCAGAUAGGGAUCAGGAGGUCAUUUUAAAACAUUUUUAAAGUUCAUGCAUCUAUCCCAACUUGUCUUCUUUGUGCUCCAAAGAUCCUUCGUAAACUAACUGCCUGUCACUAAUCACUCAGAUCCACCCCCACCCCACCUCCGUUCUAUCUAGGAGUUGAGAGCUUAGCCCUCGGGGCUCUGCUGCUGGUUGAGCCAAACCCUGGGACAGAAGCUUCUGUGAAGUCUUGUCCUCCAUGGGUAGUGACUCGUUUGUUUAGUUUCCUAGCACAGUUUUAACUAGUACUAAGCACAGUCUAACAGCACGUGGCGUUGUCACAGUUAUGGAAGCUGCAAGGCCAAGUCUGGUGUCAGCGGGGUUGGUUCCUUCUGAGGCUAGAAGAGGGAAUUGUCCUGGGGUCUGAUGGUCACCAACACUUGACUGUACCCCUGGGAUUAUACGAACAUCUCCGUCUUCAUCUCCACUGUGUCAGUCUCCAAACUUAACCUUUUGUACAAGGAUCCCAGCCUUUAGGUUGGGGCUCACCAUGUCUGCCGCAGCAGAACCCCGCCUUCAUCUGGAGUGUCCAUUUCCAAAUACAGUCACAUCCCGAGGUCCUAGGAGUAAGGACUUCAAUACUGGGGUUUGAGUGGGCAUAGCCACAACUCCAGAUAAUUCCGUGGUGCUGUUGCUUUUCCUGCCUCAGAUGAACCAAUGCAAACUUGAGGCGGCUUGCUUGCCAUUCCUUUGAAUGUUGGGUUCAAUCCUAGUUCUGCUUUCUUCAUUGCUGCUGUCGUCUGCAAGGAAGAGUCUUCAUCCAUGGCCUUUAAUUCAGAGCCUGAGAUUCUAGGAGUGGUUGUUGGUAGGAAAUCUCAAGCAAUCAAAAACAUGGUCUUACUGUCCUGGCACACUGGUGUUGGCCAGGUGACUGACUGGACCUGAGAACUGCAGCCAGGCUGGUUCUGUAGGCUGUGCCAGCUCUCAGCAGUCAGGAGGUCUGGGAAAAUGAAUUCAAGGCCUCUGGUGCUCUCUGUCCUGAUUUCAAAUCAAGAAGCCUCUAUUCCAGACCCUAUCAAAGAGUAUAAGACUCUAUGACAGUUUCCUUUUUUGCUCAGUGCAUUGCCCAGAAAUAGUAAAUGCAAUAAAAAACAUUUGGUCAUACCUUGGACAAGAAAUAAACUGUUGAAGCUCUUAGUUUCUAAA